GUGUCGGCAAUGCUCUUUCCCAGCGCUUUCCCUGGAAAUUAAAGCCAGUCCUAAAGUGCAAGCUUUUGUUGGUGAACAAGUAUCAUUGAAAUGCUCAUUCAAAUCCAGUUCGCCCAUCACUGAGCGCCUGACAGUAGACUGGACAUACCGGCCCCUCGCAGGUGGUCAGAUGGAGACAAUUUUUCAUUAUCAGUCUGUUCCAUAUCCAACAACAGUGGGAAAGUUCAAAGGCAGGAUAUCCUGGCUUGGGAAUGUUGCCAAGGGUGACGCUUCCAUUGCAGUCCAAAGCCCAGUGAUGAGCGACAACGGGACGUUCAUCUGCAGCGUGAAGAAUCCUCCAGACGUGUACCAUAACAUUCCCCAGACAACGCUGAUAGUGACAGAGAGGGGCCUUUCCUUCCAGCUAACUUCAGCAGUGCUGCUGUCCAUUUUAGUAUUUCUCCCUUCCGUCAUUGUGGUCAUUCUGCUGUUGGUAAGGAUGGGAAGGAAAUUCGGAGUGCUAAAGGAGAAAAAAAAAUCGGGCUGUAAGAAAUCCUCCAUCGAAGUGCCUGAACGUACAGAGACAGGCAACUGCUUGGGGAAACUGAAGGACUGGUGUCUGACCUGUGUGGACACAGAUGAGGAAGACCCAUACUGA